CUUGUGUCACAAACGUCACAGAAAAAUUCAUCAUUAUUCUCCGUCCGGAAAUUAUAAAAUUAACAAGUCUCGCUCACACAUAAAAAAUAUACCAUAAAAAUGUGUAUUUAAUUAAUAAAUUAUUUAUUAAAUCAAGUGACAAACAACAUAAACAAAAAUAUUCCAAGAAAUCAACAAAAAUAAAAACAAAAACAUUUCACAAAAAACGCCUUCAGUUAAAAUGCAAAUGACUCAGUGAAAUAUAAAGAAAAAACAAAUUAUGACGACAAAAACGAAAACCACUGCGACAACAACGACCGUGAAUUAAACAACAAUAAAAUACAAACUGUGUAAUUAUUUGUCCUUGACACAAAGUUAACAAAAAAAAUUAAAGACAAAUUUCUAGAAAAAAAAAAACAGUAAAAAAUCUAAUCAAAAUGGAUAAUAAAGAACAACAGCAAGAGAAUAAUCCGCCAAGUGUCACAGUUGACAUGGCUGCACCUGAAAACACAAAUAAUUCAGGACUCGCAAAACCACAGAGUGAAAAGAAUGAUGUUGAACGAAAUGAACAAGAACCAUCUCCAUCUCCGCUUGCAGCAGCUGUUUCUGGAAUAUUAAUUGCACCAUCAUCAUCGUCGACAGCUUUGACCGCAGCGGCCCUGGCUGCUGCCGCCUCUGCCGCUGAUGAACGCAGUUGUUGGAUAUGCUUUGCCACUGACGAUGACAACAAGCUAGCCGCCUGGGUGCAGCCGUGCAAGUGUCGCGGCACCACCAAGUGGGUGCAUCAGAGUUGUCUGUAUCGAUGGGUUGAUGAAAAACAGAAGGGCAACGCCCUACGGAGCGUCAGCUGCCAACAGUGCCAAACUGAGUAUAUCAUUGUGUUUCCACACAUGGGCAAGUUUGCCAAUGUUCUGGAAGUGUUUGACAAUUUGAUAAAGCGAUUGAGUCCGUUUCUGGCGGCUGGCAUAUUUGUAGGGUCGCUCUAUUGGACAGCGGUUACAUAUGGCGCUGUCACUUUUCUGCAGAUUGUUGGUCAUAAAAAAGGAUUGGCUUUGAUGGAGAAUGGGGAUCCACUUGUUUUGUUGAUUGGAUUGCCAGCGAUUCCGGUGGGCCUGGUUUUGGGACGCAUGAUUCGAUGGGAGGAUGCUGUCCUUCGAUUAAUUCGCAAUCGACGAACGAUGGCGAGGAAAUUUCCACUUAUGAGCUUGAUUAUUCCAUAUCCCGAUGAGGAAGAAGAACCAAGUGUACAAAAUCCAGCGACGCCAACUCUUUCCGAUCCAGUAUCCGCAACUCGAAUAUUUUGCGGAGCACUGCUAUUGCCAACAAUAUCAUCGAUUGUGGGUCGUCUUUUAUUUGAAACAAUCGAAAAUACAUUACAUCGUACUCUUUUGGGUGGACUAACGUUUAUUACCGUUAAAGGCAUAUUGAAGAUAUAUCUCAAACAACAACAAUUUACCCGCAAGAAAAAACGUAAAAUUGUCGAUUACACUGAUGAAAAUAUUCGCACAUUUGUCAACCGGAACACAAGACAUGCCAAUUUAAGUUCAACCCAACAAAGAGCUAACGAAAAUAUGGUAUAGGGAAUGGCCUAUUCAUCCUUCAAAAUAAGAAAAAGACAAAUGCUUUUUUUUUUAAACUAAUAUGUAGCAUAUGUAAUCAAAAAAAAAAAACAAAACAAAAAAAUUAUACAUAUAUAUUUAACAUAAAUUUGGAAUAAUAAUAAUAAUUACUAUCUUUUACAUAGAAAUUUCGAAACAUUUUUAAUUCGGUUUUCGAAAUAAUGUUAAUUUGUUUUCUCGUUUUAAACACUAUGAAAUAAUAAUUAACUAAUAUUAA